AGAGAAUAUUCUUUCUUCGGUGCCCUUUGCUCAAAAUAAUCUAAUUUUCGAAACUAUCUUUGCGGGAAAUAUUCUUUUUCUUAUACUUCUUGAAACUAUUUAACCCCUUAGGAUUUAAUGCUCAGAGACAUAUAAACGUACAAUUUGACUGAUUUGAGCGUGAGGUAGCUUUGAGAUUGAGAUUCCAAGAUGGGUUUUCUUGGUUCUCCUUCAGUGGCUUCCUCUUAUUAUUCUUCAUCUCGGGUUUUUUUGUAUCCGGCCGCUUUCGUUUUCUGGGUUCUUGUCUUGAUGAAUGGAGCAGCUGUGUGCAAUGGUGGGAAGACGAGCACUUUUGUGAGGAAAGUGGAGAAGAGUGUUGACAUGCCUCUCGACAGCGAUGUGUUCAGGGUGCCUCCUGGAUACAAUGCCCCUCAACAGGUGCAUAUAACACAAGGGGAUCACGUAGGGAAGGCCGUGAUCGUGUCGUGGGUGACUCAGGACGAACCCGGGUCCGAUGUAGUGCUUUACUGGAGCGAAAACUGCAAUGAGAAGAAAGAGGCCAAGGGGAAACACCGUACUUACAAGUUCUACAACUACAUGUCAGGGAACAUUCACCAUUGCACCCUCCGAAAUUUGAAGUUCGACACAAAAUAUUAUUAUGAGGUUGGGAUUGGCCAAACGGUUAGGAGAUUUUGGUUCGUUACACCCCCAGAGGUUGGCCCCGAUGUUCCAUACACGUUCGGUCUCAUAGGGGAUCUUGGCCAAACCUUCGAUUCAAACAGGACACUUACGCAUUACGAGCACAACCCGCAUAAGGGGCAAACAGUCUUGUUUGUGGGUGAUCUGUCUUAUGCUGAUAACUACCCGAACCAUGACAAUGUUCGGUGGGAUACGUGGGGAAGGUUUGCGGAGAGAAGUGUCGCUUAUCAGCCUUGGAUAUGGACCGCAGGGAAUCACGAGAUUGACUUUGCUCCUGAAAUUGGUGAGACCACGCCUUUCAAGCCCUUUACGCGCAGAUAUCACACUCCUUAUAAAGCAUCAGGCAGUACGGCUCCUUUUUGGUAUUCGAUUAAGAGGGCUUCCGCGUAUAUUAUAGUCUUAUCAUCAUACUCUGCAUAUGGUAAAUACACCCCCCAGUACCAAUGGCUCGAGGAGGAGCUACCGAAAGUGAACAGGAGCGAGACCCCAUGGCUGAUAGUUCUAAUGCACUCCCCAUGGUAUAAUAGCAACAAUUACCAUUACAUGGAAGGGGAUACCAUGAGAGUCAUGUUCGAGCCUUGGUUUGUUCAGUACAAGGUCGAUGUUGUCUUUGCUGGUCAUGUCCAUGCUUACGAGCGAUCUGAACGUGUAUCUAACAUUGUAUACAACAUAGUGAAUGGUUUAUGCGCUCCCAUACGAGACCAAUCAGCACCUGUUUAUAUUAACAUCGGUGAUGGAGGAAAUAUUGAAGGCUUGGCCAACAACAUGACAGAGCCCCAGCCCAAGUACUCCGCAUAUCGGGAAGCUAGCUUUGGGCACGCCAUUUUUGAUAUCAAGAACCGAACCCAUGCUCACUAUAGCUGGCACAGAAACCAGGAUGGGUAUGCCGUCGAAGCAGACUCCCUCUGGUUUUACAACCGAUUCUGGCACCCCAUUGCUGACUCUAGCAGCGUCUGAGUGACAGGGCCGUAAGUGUAACUUUUCGAUAGACGAGGGAUGCGUUCGCAAUUUCCCUGGAGUUGAGGGUGUAUUGAAGCCCUCCACACUCGCUCAUCUUUUUUUUUUUGGUAGGACUUUUUCUCUUCUUUUUCCUAUAGUGUUUCCUCAAUAUAUAGUCCCAACAUUAUUCCCCACAUAGUGUCUACUUGACGAAGACCAAAAAGGUCUAUUCCGAUUAAUAAUUGAGACGAUUGUACCUCAAAUAUCACGAAUGUCAGUCGAGGCAUCCUGCCUGGUUUAGUCUUA